AGUACACGAGUCAUUGAAGUACUUAGAACCCAUCAGGAGGAGAGGCCUCAAAGCAGCCACCAAGUGCUGUUUAUAUAAACACCGCGACAUCAGUGCACACAUUGUCACUUGGAUGCGCGUCUUGAGAACGCACAGAUCACUUCAGCACUGCGUGACCGAGGAUAGCUCUUCAAGAUCGAGAACAAGUCCUUGAUCUAACAGCAAUCCAGCGCUACAGAUGGCGAUUUCUAACAAGUUCAGUUUCACUGUGAGAAGUAUUUUGGAUUUGCCAGAAAAUGACACCGAGAGUAUGGCUCACCAUUCUCCAGUGGAGGCCUUCUCCGUCUCACCUUACUCGUCUUGGACUGAAAACGGAAGAGGACAUACAUCGUCAGAUGAGAGCAAUCUUGAGGCUUCACCAGACUCCACCGGGCCAGAUGUGCCUUCAGUGGAUACAGAGCAUGAGAAGCGGAAGAAGCGUCGCGUGUUAUUCUCCAAGGCUCAGACGUAUGAACUGGAGAGACGCUUUCGUCGGCAGCGGUACCUGUCCGCUCCAGAACGAGAGCAGCUCGCGCACCUGCUACGCCUCACGCCCACGCAGGUGAAGAUCUGGUUCCAAAACCACAGAUACAAGAUGAAGAGAGCGCGGACAGAGUGCGCUCAGGACCUCAGUCAGCCUCCAUUGCUACGCAGAGUUGUGGUGCCCAUUUUGGUCCGAGAUGGCAAACCGUAUCAGAACUGCACUAUUGAUGCAGAAAAAGGAAGCUGCAUAGUCCCACCAUCAGUACCAUCCUCACACUUCAGCGUUCAGGGUUUCCAGUCUUUACAGCAACAAACGCCCUUUGCGCUUUUCCCCACAUACCAGCACUUUACCAACACAGCGGCCUCCCGUCACCACUUCUGUGUUUGGUGAGAUUCUCUUAGGACCACACGAACUAUUCUCGGGAAUUACCCCACAGGACAGCGCAUGGAUUCCUCUUGAUUUAAGUUGUUUUUAAUUACAUAAAGUGUUAGGUCUAUUAAAGUAGAAACUCUCGGCGUCGAUAAAAUUAAAUAAAAUAAAUAAAUGCUGUUUGCACAUAUUAUAUGUUCUGUUUAGUUGCUUUUUGAGAGUUUUGUAUUAAUUGAUGUUGUUUAUGUUUGCCUAGGUAGUGCAUUUUUGAACUGUUUGUGUUUGUUCUAAACCAAAAGUUUAUAUAUCAGUGAGAAAAAAUAACGUUUUAUGUUUUAAACUGUGAAUAAUGUAGUGUCAUAAUUUGAUGAAAUUGCCUCAUCUUAAGUGUUACACUAUUUCGUUCUUUAUUCUAUGUAUUACAACAACAAAAAGGAAAUUAAAACAAUUUUUUUUUUUUUUGCAAUUUAUAGCUUUU